CGGUAGGGCCCGCCUGCCGCGGGGUGCCUCUGGAAACAGCACCGGUUUCAAUUAAGCGUCUUUUGGUGUAAUUUGUUUCCUCAGCUCGGUUUGCUGUCGCGUCUGGCAGCGGGAGAUGAGCAGGGAGCUCAGGGGCAGGGGAUGCACCCGGGGCAGAGGCUUCCAGGGAUGGCGUGGAGGAUGGCGAGGAGGAGGAGGAGGAUGGCGAGGCAGAGCACAGAAGGGAGAGCCCAAAAGGAUGCCCGAACCUGCAAAAUCUCGCCUAGUCCAAUCAACGAUGGACCAGUUUAUUCCCUAUAAGGGCUGGAAACUUUAUUUCUCUGAAGUUUACAAUGACAAGUCUCCUUUUGUCCAGAAGACUCAAGCCUUUGAAAAGUUUUUCAUGCAGCGCAUUGAGCUUUAUGACAAGGAUGAAAUAGAAAGAAAAGGAAGCAUUCUCGUGGAUUAUAAGGAGCUGAUCCAGGACAGAGAGCUGACUAAAUCAAUACCAAAUCUAUCUGCUGAACUCAGGGACAUGCCUCAGAAAAUACUGCAGUGUAUGGGUCUGGCAAUUCAUCAGGUGCUCACCAAGGACCUGGAGAGGCACGCAGCAGAGCUGCAGGUGCAGGAGGGAUUGCCCCUGCAGGGGGAGCCUGUCAUAAACGUGCCUCUCAUCCACGCCAGGGUGUACAACUAUGAGCCUCUGACCCAGCUGAAAAACCUGAGGGCCAACUGCUACGGCAAGUACAUCGCCCUGCGUGGCACCGUGGUGAGGGUGAGCAACAUCAAACCCCUGUGCACCAACCUGGCCUUCGUCUGUGCUGCCUGUGGGGAUGUGCAGGCUCUUCCUCUCCCUGAUGGCAAGUACACCCUUCCCACCAAGUGCCUUGUUCCCGAGUGCCGGGGCCGCUCCUUCACAGCUGACAGGAGCUCUCCUCUGACCACCACAGUGGACUGGCAGUCUGUCAAGGUGCAGGAGCUGAUGGCAGAUGACCAGCGGGAAGCAGGACGGAUCCCGCGCACCAUCGAGUGUGAGCUGGUGCAGGAUCUGGUGGACAGCUGUGUCCCUGGGGACAUGGUCACUGUCACAGGCAUAGUGAAGGUGGCAAGCACUGAGGAAGGAGCUGCUAAAAGCAAGAAUGACAAGUGUAUAUUCUUACUGUACAUUGAGGCAAAUUCUGUCAGCAACAGUAAAGGACAAAAACUGAAGAAUUUUGACGAUGAGUCCUUUCAGAGAUCGUUCAUGGAGUUUUCCCUUAAAGACCUCUAUGCUAUCCAAGAAAUUCAAGCUGAGGAAAAUCUGUUCAAGCUGAUUGUGAACUCUCUUUGUCCUGCAAUCUAUGGCCAUGAGAUUGUCAAGGCUGGGCUGGCCCUGGCCUUGUUUGGAGGAUGUCAGAAGUUUGUGGAUGACAAGAACAGAAUCCCAGUGCGAGGAGAUCCACAUGUUCUGGUUGUUGGAGAUCCAGGAUUAGGAAAAAGUCAGAUGUUGCAAGCUGUGUGUAACAUCGCUCCUCGAGGUGUGUAUGUUUGUGGUAAUACCUCCACCAGCUCUGGCCUGACUGUUACACUCUCCAGAGAUGGUACUUCUGGAGAUUUUGCCUUGGAAGCUGGUGCCCUAGUGCUUGGAGAUCAAGGCAUUUGUGGAAUAGAUGAAUUUGAUAAGAUGGGAAACCAGCACCAGGCUUUGUUGGAAGCCAUGGAGCAGCAGAGCAUCAGCCUGGCCAAGGCUGGCAUUGUUUGCAGUCUGCCAGCUCGGACAUCCAUUGUUGCUGCAGCAAACCCCGUUGGAGGACAUUAUAACAAGGCCAAAACAGUGUCUGAGAACCUAAAGCCGCCACCAGCGCCCUGGUGACACGGGCCAGCUGCCAGGAGCACUCUGUCCUCCAGGCCACCUCGGACCGACCCCUGCUCGAGAGGCUCAAGAUCUCAACAGGAGAAAACUUUGAUGCCAUUCCCCAUCAGCUGCUGAGGAAGUAUGUGGGGUACGCUCGGCAGUAUGUGCACCCCAGCUUGUCUCCAGAGGCUGCACAAGUCCUCCAGGAAUUCUACCUGGAGCUCCGGAAACAGAACCAAGGGGCAGACAGCACCCCCAUCACCACGAGGCAGCUGGAGUCCCUGAUUCGCCUGACAGAGGCACGAUCAAGGCUGGAAUUGAGAGAGAAGUCUACCAAGGAAGAUGCUGAGGAUGUAAUAGAGAUAAUGAAAUACAGCAUGCUGGGCACCUACUCGGAUGAGUUUGGGAAGCUGGACUUCGAGCGCUCCCAGCACGGCUCUGGGAUGAGCAAUCGCUCGCAGGCCAAGAGAUUCGUGUCUGCCCUGAGCAGCGUGGCAGAGAGAACCUACAACAACCUCUUCGACCUGCAGCAGCUGCGCCACAUCGCCGGCCAGCUGCAGCUGCGGGUAUCUGAUUUUGAAAGCUUUAUUGGAUCCCUGAAUGAUCAGGGUUAUCUUUUGAAGAAAGGUUCAAGAGUUUAUCAGCUCCAGACCAUGUGAGAGGAGUCACUGUGAUGGAUUUCCUUGGGAUGAUUGUCCCUCUGCACUGCUGACCUGGAGCAGGAAGGCACACCCUGAGCUGGGCUGCACCUGCCACAGAGCUGGGGUUUGCUGGGCUGGAGAUUCUCCUGCAGAAAAUUAAACUGGAAAGCUGCAACAGGACAAACUGGCACAUGGUACUGCUGCCUGGCUCAUCCUACAGCUCUCUGUUCCAAAUGGGACCUCACCAUCCCCCAGGAGUGGAAGUUGUGUUUUAUUCUGUUACAGUGCCAUAAGGGACUUGACUUCUGAAAGAGAUGCUGCACCCACAAAUUCCAGCCCAGGAAUCUUCCAUGAGAGGAUGGUAUGAGCUGUACUUUCAGCACUGUGGUUCAUUUAAAGUCUAGAAAUGUUUCCAGUAGGUUCUGACAACAGUGUUUGAUAGCUGUUACCAAAUGACACUUCACUGAAACUGACUUUUCUGCUUUGAAACGUGGUCUUUGAAGCCAAGGUUUUAUUUGAAAUCCAAGUCUGAUUUAAGAGAAUGUCCUUAUUACAAUAUUUAAUUUGUAAAGCAGGGAUUGGAUUUUGACUUGCAUUAAACUUUAUAUAUGAGAAA